CAUAAGGUUUUAUUGAUAUUAUUUAUUUAUGAUAACACACAACCAACAUCCUGUAAAUGUGCAAGUGUUUGCCGUCUGACUGAAUUAACUGCAGUCCUUUGGUAACAUGUUUUGGAAGCCCUUAAAGCGAAAAUACACGAACAACAGCAACACUAAACAUGGAUUUUCAAGGCUGAAGUCGUUCAGAGCAACAAGAAACUGCAUUCUCGACACAGUAAUAGAAAACAUGGCUUCUGGCACAUUUGCCGUGCAGGCAACGUGAAGGAACGACACACAGCUGAGCGAUUUGAUGCGUCUGUCAGCUGACUCCGGCUCAGAUUUAAUAAGUCACAGAACAGUGAUCAAGUUAAGUGUCCAGUUAUGGUUGAAGAUGAGCAUCAUUACGAGAGGCGGGAGUGAUUUGUUUUCAGGUUAUUUAACACAAGUUAACCCUCAAAUGGAGUCGCCUUGGCGCUUUGUUGCAUCAAUUACAACACUUCCGUAACUCUUAAGACAGAAUAUAGUUAUUUUAACCAAAGUCAUAAUGUUCUCCUAAACCUAACUCAAUAGUUUUGAUGCCUAAACCUGACCAAACUGCUGCCAUUUCACAAUGUUAAUAACAGUCCAAAAGUCAGUGAAGCUUUAUUUUGAAAAUCUAACUGGACUUUGCAUUUAACAUACAGUUGCUAUCCCGACCACUGUGUGUGUAAAACUGAUGCUAAAGAGGCAGAUGGAGCUUCACAGUUUAAGGUCACUCACCAAAAUGACUUGUUUGGCAAUUUGGAUAAGAGAGAGAGAGAGAGGAGUCCACCUCUCCACACCUGUGAAGCUUUCCUCACCUGCGUCUGGAGCCAGGCUAGCUGGUUCCACCUGUUUCCAGGCUUAAUGCUAAAAUAAUCUCACUAAUGUCUCCUUGACGUACUUUCAUAUUGCAGGAUUAAACAGCUCACUACAUUGUUCAGCGUUUCAGGGAUUACUGUUGUGUGUUUUGUCUUUAUUUUAUUUUAUUUUUUUUUAAAUCCUGCGUAGUUUGCCUUUAAACAGCUCCUGUCAUCAGUCACAUCCUCCGAGAGCCUCGUGUGAUGAUGAUUUUUCACCGUCACUGAAAGAUCUUCUCACUUUUUUCCCCGCAAUCGAACAAAACACUGAGGCUGCUUUGUCUUGAGCACGAGCAUCUGUUCUUCAAGUCCACCGUACUUUAGGUUUUAAACACAUCUUGUCAUUGGUCGAUCCCGUCUGAGAAACUUUCACCCCAGGUUGGCAACUUUCAGCCACUCUGACUCGGUUUGGCUGUUUGUUUUUAACCAGCCCAUCAGAUGGCAAUGUGGAGCUAGUUUUCCAGAUCCGUCACGGACCGUAUUGACAACAGUGUCUUCAAGUAUCAACCUGUGCCCUGAGGUUGUGACUUGGUCUGAUUAAUUUUUUUUUUUCUUUUUCUUUUUUUAAAAGUUCCCAGCUACAGGAUUGUCCUCCUUCCUUGUGGGCGUGUUUAGAGUGUAAACACACCCAGCGAGUAUAUCCACCAUUUGUCACCUAGCAGGGUGUGGAUUGCCAGGUUUUGUUAGCUCACACUCACUUGAUUGUUCUCAGGUUUGAUGGCAGCGCUUGUCUGUGUCAGCUGGAAGUGGGAGUGCAGCAGGACAUAACAGACUAGAGAGAGAGAGUGGCGUACCUGGAGCUCACUGAUACACGUCUGGACUGAGGAGGAGAGAAUGAGAAAAUGCAGGAGGAUGAAAAUGCGGCGGCACAGGGUGUUCUUGCUGUGCACGGUGGGCCUGUGCGUCAUCUCCUUCCUCCACUACUACAAGGCCCUCCACUACGUCUCCCUGCUGCGCGAGCUCUCCGCCCCGUACCCCAACAUCAAGUCCUUCAUCAUGGUCACCGGCUUCUUCUGGCGGGAGAAGGGCGCGGCCGCCACCCCGCUCAGCCCCGCCUCCCCUGAAGAGGCCCCUCCCCUACCUGUUCUCCGCCAGUCGGACAGCAAAGGCAGACCCCUGCCGGGUUCUUUGGGAGGCGGAGGAGGAGGUGGAGGUGGAGGAGGAGGAGGAGGAGGAGGAGGUGGGGGGCUGGGCCUGGGGAUCGGUGGGGUCAUGGUCGGAGGCGCUGGAAUCAUUGGCAGCGCGGGGUUGGAGAUGAGGUUGAGGGAGGAGCCAGCGCCCCCUCACCCGUGGGAGAAGCCGGAGGAGAACCAUCGAGGAGACACUCCGAAUGAGGAAAGAGUUGAAGACCAUUUGAAGCCGCGGAACCCGAGCCACCCAGCCCAACCUGCCGGGCCGGACCUUCCAGAGGUCCCACUGGCGGCGAGAGACCACCACGUGGUGUUACAUAAGGACCCGUUGCCUGACCCCUUAGAAAUGAUGGGAGACCUCCACACCCGCACUCACCAGCUUCUGGACGACAAAACCCCGUACUUUGUCCGAACCAAAGCUGGGGCCCUUUGCUUCAGGCAGGGGACGGAGGUGGCUACCCCAAAGGAGUACUCUGGGAAAUCAGGGGGGUCUGUGGGCAACGGAGCCGGGGAAGGUGCUCGAGCUGUGGCAGCUGGGCAACGGAAACCACUGGAAGUCCAGCAGCAGCCCUCCCUAGCUCCAAAAGCCAAGGUCAGAAGCAGGGGGGGCAACGGGAAGCGGCUGGUCAAGUGUGUGUGUCGGCCCGGAUGGCACGGCCCUUACUGUGGCGUUCCCACCAUGGUGUACCACUCCAAUCUGCCCACCAAGGAGCGGCUGACGCCCAGAGAGACCCCGCGGAGGGUCAUCAACGCCAUCAACAUCAACCACGAGUUUGACCUGCUGCACGCUCGCUUUAAUGAGCUCGCCCAAGCCGUCGAUCUGUUCCUCGUUUGUGAAUCCAACUUUACUGCCUAUGGAGAGAGACGGCCUUUGAGUUUCCUGCGCCUCCUCCUCAACGGUACGUACGACUACGUGCGUCACAAGAUCCUCUACGUGUUCCUCGACCACUUCCCAGAGGGGGGCCGGCAGGACGGCUGGAUCGCUGAUGACUACCUGCGUACCUUCCUGACCCACAACGGCAUGUCCAGGGUGGUGGGCGCGAGACCGGACGACGUCUUUGUCAUCAACGAUGCAGAUGAAAUCCCGGCGCUUGAUGGCCUCCUUUUCCUCAAGCUGUUUGAUGGCUGGACGGAGCCUUUCGCCAUCCACAUGCGCAAGUCACUGUAUGGAUUUUUCUGGAAGCAGUUUGGCUCUCUGGAGGUGGUGUCAGGCUGCACGGUGGGGAUGCUCCGCCACGUCUACGAUGGAGACGGCAUCAAGCUCCGGCGUCGCGAGUACUACACCAUGCCCGGCUUCCGUAAGUACGAGAACGACACAGGCCACAUCCUGGUGCAGUGGUCGGUGGGCAGCCCCUUUCACUUCGCCGGGUGGCACUGCUCCUGGUGCUUCACGCCCGAGGGGAUCUACUUCAAGCUGGUGUCGGCGCAGAACGGAGACUUCCCGAGGUGGGGCGACUACGAGGACAAGCGUGACCUCAACUACAUCCGCGAUCUGAUCAGGACCGGGGGCUGGUUCGAUGGCUCCCAGCAGGAAUAUCCCCCUGUGGACCCCAAAGAGCACAUGUACGCGCCCAAGUACAUGCUGGAGCACUAUGAACGGUACCGCUACCUCCUGGAGAACCCUUACAGCAGAGGGUCUAGACUGACAGAGGGCUAGGAGCUCAGCUGGGGAAAAGAUGAGUGAAGUAACUAGUCAGGCCUGAGUGAGGCCUCAACACUGAGUUUUUUUGGGGCGGAACGGUACUGAUGAACUAACUCUCUCAUUGGAGCGAUACCACGUGUAUCUCCACCAGGCAGCACUGAUGUUGCAGGGAUUUAAAAAUCUCUUUAAAAUCAAAUCAUUAUUUUGGGGUCAAAAAAAAAAAAAACGAAAAACAAAAAAGAAGAAGAAGGGAGCACUGAGUAACAUCCACCACGGAUUUACGGAGAGAUCAUUUUAGAGGAUUCAACCACUGGAUAAACAAAAUCAUAGAUUUCCUCAUUCCUCCCUUUUUGGGGGAGGAAAAGAAGCUAUCUCUCUUUUCUGUUACCCCGCUCCCCCAUCCUCCUUUUCUUCACCCGAGCCUGCUGAGAGUAACAGGGCCGCUUCGAAGCAAAGAGAUGGAUAUUUCACAGCCUUGUGAAACCUGUGGAGAUGAGAAACUUUGUAUUGAAGGACUGUUUUGUUUUGUUUUGUUUGUUUGUUUGUUUCCUUCCGUCUGUGUUCACUGAAGUUUACGGACCGAUGCUCACGAUUCACUCUCCACCUUUCAGAUGUCUUCCUAAUCAUAGUCGGUGACCUCCUUCCAGAAACAGACGCACGGUUCAGAUAUUAUUCUCGGGUCUCGGUAGAAAAAAAAAAAAAAUUAUAAAACCCUAUUUAAACCCCCCCGCUGGAGUACCCACUGCCAAAUGAAAAAGGAACGACUCGAUGGAAGUGUUUCCCCCGCUCAUUCAUGUCCUCACACUCAUUCACAUGCACCUUUAGGCCUGGAUGUGUGUUUUGUGGGGAAAAAAAACUGUGUGUGUGUGUGUGUGUGUGUGUGUGUGUGUGUGUGUGUGUGUGUGUGUAGCUGAUCGAAUGUUUUUUCUCCAGGAUGAUGGUUGAUGCAUGUGUGAUCUGUCUUUGUGUCAUAUUGCGAGGGUUUUGGGGCUGUAGAGGGAGGGUGGUGGGGGGUGUUUGCGAGACGAUCAGCGAGAGGAAACAGACGGUGAAAGAGAAUCGUUGGGUGGGGAGAAAGAAAGAGUGAGGUGGGAAUACAGCUCGAGCGAGACAGAAGGCAGGAGAGAGCGAAGAAUAAUGAGGGAGGAAGAGAGCGGUGAUGAAAAGGGAAGAAAGGGAGGCUCUCUCUCUCUCUCGACGUUCAUUUUCCCACAGUGCCUGCUGAUGCACGGGUGUCGCAGGCAUGAUCGUGCAGAGUGUGUGUGUGUGUGUGUGUGUGUGUUCCCUCAGCGCUCACAGACAGCGCUGAAUAAAUCAUGGCCCCUGUCGAUGGCAUCCGAGACGGAUGGAACUGGCUGUUGUUGUUUGUCCGACGAGAACAAUCGAGACCAGUCGGGGGAGAGAUCACCCCUCAGUUUUGUCUCUCCGUCUAGCCAGCAGCUGGGAUGACUUUGUUUCCUUGGAAACUGAAGUAUGUGAAAAAGGGAGAAGGAUGGGAUCGGUGUGUUUUUUUUUCCCUUUUUAAGAUGAGUGGGUGGGUUCAUAUCAGGCGAGGAGCUGCAGCGAUCAGACGAGGUCAGCGUCGGCUGCAGGUCCCCUCCGGUUAAAUAUUCCACUUUUCCGUGGCUGUCAAUCACCCGCUCACUGAAAACGACUCCGCUUUCUGUCCUCUUUCUUUCUCUUUUCAUGCCAUGAAGUGUCUUUUUCUGUCCGUCUUUGGUGUUGGUCUCGUCUUAAUCCUCACUAACAUGGCCAUGCUCUCUUCGGUUCAAUUAUAUUCUCUCUCGCUCUCCACACAUCCUCCUCUCUGUCUGAAAUGUUAAAUCUCCAACUCUUCCUUUAACUUUCCUUCACCCACCCACACACACACACACACACACACACUGGCUUUCACACUUAAUUUUGGGCGUGUUGUAUGUAUUUCCUGUUAAUCCUCACGGGAGCGUUUCAACAAUAGCAGUGUAUUUAUCAUCCCUCUGGCGAUGUCUCUGCAGGACGGGACAGGGCAGCCCUGUACCCACAGAUCUCGCUCAUCUGUACAUUUAGACGCUCGCGCCUCUCGUCUCCUCCCCGGCUGUCGAUGUCGGCUACGUGCCUAAAUCCCCCACGCCCCACAUCUUUUGGCAGGAGUCGGCGAUGUUGUGGAUGAUUUGGCGAGCGUGCUUCUUUCCUCUGUGGGCGGGUGUCACGAGGGCUCAGCUCAGACUUGUCAGGAGAGAAAGAAUCAUUGCAGAAACAUUAAACAAUGCUAGGAAGCAGCGAAGGAGGAGAGAAGGGAGCUAAACAGGCAGCAGACAGACAAGCACCAAUCAAAGCCAAUAAAGUCAUUGUUUUUUCUUUUAAUUGUAGAUCGACGACAUCCACCAUCUGCCACUUCAACGCCUGUCUGGGCUGUAACAGGUACUGUUUACCUCAGCUCCAGGCUACAUUAGGAGUGAACGGUUCCCCCAAGAGAAAUAAAAGAAAAAAGUUUUUCGGGGAGUAAACUCAAUAAGUUGCUGAUGGGUGAGGAUGGGACUGAGGACAUUUUAAAAUCUGCAAGCAAAAAAGUUUCAUUGCUGUAGUUUUAUUUUCACCUGAAGACAAGCCUGGCACAGAAUGUCUCACUACAGAACGCGUCCACCUGUUUCCACCUCGCUCAAAGUGUCCUUGAGUAAGACUUGAAUUAAAACCUCCACACGUAGCAUUCAGCCCCUUAACACAACCUUUUCUCUAACAGUACACUCGCACUAGCUUCUCUCUAUCAGUCCGUCAGCACGCCGGCUGUUAGCUCACGGUGGGAAACAGCAGAUUUACCCAGCAGGCCGCUGACAGUUGCGUCGGGCCUGUGCUGCCGCCGCCUCGAUGGCAGAGCGGUCUGCAGCAGCAGCUGUUUGGGGUUUGGCGUUGGUGCUGAGAGCCAAACUCCCAUCCAAACCCAUCCAAACCCCAGAGGGACUGCGGAGAAACGAGCUUUAAAUAGGACUUGACAUUAGACGAGAGACGAGAUGACGGCGACGCUGGAUGUGACGCUUUCAUUUUUUGUUCCUGAAUUAGAUUUUCUGCUGAUGAUUAAUGAAGAUUGAUGGGACAAAAAGAAACAGAUGAUGGAUUUGAAAAAAGGGAAGUAGGGUUAACACUUUACCCAAGAGGAGCUUGUGUAGGUUUGAGAUGUUAAAUCAUGAAAUUAGGCAGUUAUGUGUCACAGACGGUGGAUUUCGUGUCCAAGCUAUGAAAUUAAAUCAGUCGUUUGCAGUGCACUCCCUCCUGAAUUAAUGUUAAUGCUCUCUGUGCUUAUUCCGCCAAAACGGCAUUGAUGACUGUUUUCUGGUCGCAGCAGUUAACAUGAAACCGACCAAAAUGUCUAAUUUGAUCGCACAAAAAACAAACAAGACUUCUCCUCCUUCUCUCUGAUUUCAGGACCUCAAAUCACAACCAUGUGCAGAGUCGCUGCCUGCGUAGCAAAAACACACGUUCGUCCUCUCAUUUACACACAAUAAACAGGCAAGUUUGUGCUUUAUAGCGAAACGUAAUCUCAGAAACUGUAACCUUGGGGGUGUUGUUGUUCAAUCCCAUCCAGGGCUGGGGUGUGUGUGUGUGUGUGUGUGUGUGUGUGUGUGUGUGUGUGUGUGUUUAAGCCCUGCCACGAGGCAUUUAACCAGAGCUAACUCCCAGCUCUCAGCCUGCUGCAAUCAGGCUGCACAUCUGGCAAACAUGGCGUGCGUGUUUGCAUACGCGUACGUAUGCUAUGCACUUACAAAACCCUGUGUGUGUGUGUGUGUGUGUGUGUGUGUGUGUGUGUGUGUGUGUGUGUGACAGACGGAGUGACUCACGCCAGAUAAGGGUGUCUGGCCUCGCUGAAAGACAAGCCAGGGUUACUUCACUCGGCCUGUUGCCCCGCCAUCGCCACGGCAACCGUCCUUCUUGAUGAAUUCCUGAGCUCCCAAACAGCUCGAGGUCAUCAGACCAAGAUAGCCGACCCGCUAGCAUCAGAGGUGGAGGGAAGGGAGAGAGCAUGAUCGGAGGAAUCGCCAGACCUUGUUAACUGUACUUGCGCAAACCUGACCUGAGGAAAAAAAGAAAUAAAAAAAAUAGCAAUAAAAAUGCAAAAGCAUCUCAUUGCACGGUCGUUAUCAGUAAAUGUCGCAUCUCUGCAGAGCUGAGAAUAGUGACACAUGCGUGUGGUGUGAGCCAGUAACAAGCACACACACACACACACACACACCUCUUUUAUUUCAUCGAUUUGACUGACUCAUCGCAGCGAGCAGACAAUUUGCAAGAGGGACAGAGAGGUAGACUGAAACACUAAUAAGCCAGGAAUAAAACAUGAACAAGCAAUUAUUUCUCUCUUUUUUGUUGGAUUGAGCAAAGGCGGGAAAAACAGUUAAAAAAAACAGUUAAAAACAAAAAAGGGAGUCUUUUUUCAAACAAAGCCACAGCUUGAUGAAUGGAGGCUUGAAUACGCAAAAAAAAUAAAAGAAAAAAAGAGACAUUUCCGGAAUAAUCCUUCCACCGCUGCUCCCAGUGACAGUCGUAUCGGAUGAGGCGUGAUUAUGACACGCGGAGAGGAGGGAGGUAAUAAGCUUGACCGAGCGGUUUUGAUUUUUCACUUUGAUGAGGGGGAAAGUCAUCGCGGCGAUGAAAUGAAAGCCGUCCGAAUGAAGGGAGCAGCUCAUCAUCCCUGUAAAAGGAAAUCUAUAAACCGGCGACAAAGUCAAAACGCAGUUGUGAUGUUGAGCGACUGAAGCGGCGUGUGUGUGUGUGUGUGUGUGUCCUCGCUGGGCUCAUUAUGGAUUUAAAGUCUUUGAUAAACAAAAGAGAAAAGGAGGGACUGUGUCUUGCUCAAGGACACUUUGGCAGAUUGUGGCCACUCAGCAGACGGUAUAGCACCUAAACGAACCUGUGAUCUCUGCUGCUUCACAGACUGACUAAUUGCAGCACCGGCAUGGCGCCUGCUGUCAUGAUCCGUCCUAAAUUCAAUAAAGCAACAACAUACAGGGAAAUCAAACCAAAGACAGCUCGGCUCGGCUCUUAAUGUGAUCAGGUUUUUUUUUCAGGGCUCUCCGACCAACAAAAAUCAUCCGUGAUGAACUUGGCUGCUUGCUUCAGGUGAUUGGAACAGAGGGAAUAAAUUAACUGUAAAAUACAAAAAGAAAAAAAAAAAAAAGUCAACGAGAGGAGAGCGACUCCACCGCAGACACGAUUGGAGUUGCGUUGCUAGGUAACAUCCAGGCGCCGUCUUUACUUCCUUUCAGUUAUUGAUAUUAGCAACAGGAAAUGAACUUUGACUCAUCUGGAAGGUUAAUGUCGACUCCGCGGUUGUUUUCUAAAUAAACAUUUGCGAUGUUCCGUGCGCAGGUCGUCAGCUCCAGCAUAUUCAGUGUAUCAGACAUUAACUGCUGCAUAUUAUAUUCUCCCUGACUUCUGCUUACUUAUCGAGACGUUCAGGUUUAUUCCUGCACACGAGAUAUGUGCCCAAAGGCUUAAAAGAGUUCUAGUUGAAGUUUAGGGACUUGCAAGACGCAUAUUAAAGAAAAUAGUGAUCAUAAUUGCUGCAGCAGAGGUCCAAAAAAACGCUUCGUGCUACAUUUCCCACAACUCCAACCUGCGAACCCCCUCCCACAUGUCUGCCACCUGUUUUUAAAUCUGUGAUAAAUCUGCAGUCUGCGAGCCAAGAGGUGAAAUGACAUCAUUAUGACAUCACUCAGCAAAAGCUAAUCAAGAGCCGCAGGAAACAUUAUACAAAACACUUCUCACAGGCUGACAGGGUCCAACGAUGUCUCCUUAACCUGCUUGUGUAAAAACUGGCGAAGCGGCCCUUUAAUGCGUCCCAAGACGAGGCGACUUUGAAGAUGCAGAAAUUGGUCACGAAAAAUCAGAAACAUCUGUGUAGAAACGGUCACCGUCAGAACCCCGCAACCCCCGACCCCUCUGCUCGGCACACACACACACACACACACACACACACACACACACACACACUAACCAUCGACACAUGUUUUGUAGUAUUCAGCACGUGUGUGUGUCCUGUACAGAUGUGUGUCUCCAGGGCUGGUGGUGCAGCUCCACCACCACCACCACUACAGUCACCCCCCCAUCUGUUGUUGUGCUUGCAGAGCGGCUGGCUGUCUGUCUGUAGGGCUAACAUGCCUUCACGGCGCUGGCCCCCCUCCAGCCCUGUGGCUUCCACCGAUUGAUCUUUUCCAAGAAACAUUAGUGGCAGGCAGGCCGGAAAUCAAGGAGGCGGGUGUGAGAGUGUGUGUGUGUCGGGGGGGGGGAGUGACUCUGUUGUUGAAAUCAUUUCUUUUCUUCCUGUGGCUCCUACACGGGUCCGAAAAAGCACAGAAACCAUCAGAAAACUUUUGCCAUCACACGUAUCUGCGAGUAAAACUUGGUUGCAGACGGAUCCUGCUUUGAAUCCUCAAAUCUAAGUGAGAAAUUCCAUUCUUGUUUUUUUGGGAGUAGGAACCAGCUCCACGCCUCCGCAGCGACAGAAAGCUGCUGCUAUUGUCGUCUUGGCUGUAAACAUGUUGUUAUUCUCUCCGUGUGAGCGACGGAAAGCGUUCGCAUUCCGCAAGCUGAGCAAUCACAUUAACACCGACAGCUGCGGCGAUGUGUCACCGCCGAUUGGAAAGCACUCGGUGUUACUAAGCACAAGUGUUCCCCAAAAACAAGUGCACGUCUCUUUCAUGUACGUCUUUGUGCUUGGUUUUGGAAUUCAGGCCUGGACUUGUUAGUGUUAGACUGAAACAAACGGCGUGAAGGGUUAAGCUCACCCAAAUUCACAAAACGCUUGUGAAAGUGUCCAGGUUUGGUUCUUUAGCUGCCCAGAUUUUGAGAUCUCUCCUGGCUCUAUCACAAUGGAGGUCAGUCGAAAUUCAACGGAAUUUCAUUUGGUGCCCGUCCAGUUUUCCGUGGAACCGUUGAGUGCAUAUUCUGUGGAGUAACAAGAGAUUCCUGUUCCUGGAAAGAGAAAGCUGUGAAAACAACAAAAGUUUUCACUUCCAUUGUGCUGUGAGUGGAGGCAAAGAUGGAAACCAGGAGAAGGACAAUGGGAACAUUUGAGUGAGCUAACCAGUGACAGCAUUACAGCGAAAAGAGUGUUGGGGGGGG